AUGUUUGGUUUGGGAAUGAAGAACAUGACAGGCUCUGUGAGGAGUUUUGUGAGGGAUUUGGUGAAGAGGAUUCAAGAAACUCCGCUUUUUUUUUGGAUAUACAUAACAGUAUUAGUCUAUGCGGUUCGUAGGCUUACAUACCACCACGGCUAUGGUAAGAAGAAAAUUACUGUAGGGGGCCAGACUGUGUACGUGGAUCGUGCGGAAGAGACGAUUUCUGAAAGUGUUAUAGAUACUACCAAGAUUUGCGAGGGGUUUUCCGAUAUUGGGGGUCUGGAGGAAGUUAAGUCGUUAUUAAUUGAGCAUGUGAAAUGGCCAUUUACGCGUCCAGAUUUGUUUUCUGGGAAAACGCUAAGAUCGCAUCCCAAAGGCGUUUUGCUUUAUGGCCCUCCUGGAACAGGAAAAACACUUCUGGCACGUGCCCUCGCGAAGGAACUUGGUUGCAGUUUUAUAAAUGUGAAAACUGAGUCUCUUUUUUCAAAGUGGGUUGGUGACACUGAAAAAAAUGCUUCUGCUGUUUUUUCCCUUGCGGAAAAAAUUUCGCCCUGUAUUAUUUUUAUUGACGAGAUUGACGCUCUUCUUGGAUCCAGAAACAUUAUUGAUUCUGCUCCUCACAACCACGCCAAGACAAUAUUUAUGACUCGUUGGGAUGGAAUUACUCAAAGUACCGCCAAAAUUAUCGUUGUUGGGGCAACAAACCGACCUAAGUAUAUUGAUGAAGCGAUACGGCGCCGGUUACCUCUUCAAAUAGAGGUACCAACUCCAGACGAAACAGGACGUCGAAAGAUUCUUGGCAUUCUUUUGGAAAAUGAUUUAGAGAAUAAUCUUAGGAAGAAAGAGAUAAUUGAGUUUGUUGCCAAAAACACGAGGGAUUACACAGGUUCGGAUUUGACUGAAUUAUGUAAGGCUGCAGCGUUAAUGCCCGUGAAAGAAAUGGGCGAUAAUGGCAUUUUGCCCCCUCUUGAGCUUCGCCAUUUUACAAUGGCACUUACGCGUGUCAGGCCGUCUUUGAUGCUGUGA